AUGACUAGCGCUGAUCUAAGAUGCCAUUUCAGGCGAGCGAAGCUGCACGUCCAAAGAAGUCUGCUAUGCGAGCUGUGUGCCGGUUCCAAAUAUAUAGCUUGUGGAUUCUAUCUUGGAUGUUUGCAAUUGCGUCUCUUCCCCUCCUCCACCCCGAAAGAACGAGGUGCUGGAAAGCAAAACAUUUCUACUCACACUCUGCCCAAGACAAUGCUGCUCACCUUUGCGUUCCUGUUUACGCUAAUAGGAGCCUCUGCGCUACCCAGCGAGGGUUCUCCUGCGUUGCCUGCCGGAUGUUACAAGCCCUUGCCCAAAGGCCAGCUCACCGGAGGAGUCUCUACCAUCCAUAUAAAAAGUGGUGGGAAAAAACGCACCUUUCUCCUCUCGAUACCUCCGGGAUACCAUUCAGACACUCCCGCUGCUGCGGUUCUGUCAUAUCACGGUGGCGGUAGAUGUGCAGAGGACCAAUUAAAGUUGGAUCAAUUAACAAAUCCAGAAUUCAACUCGGCUGCGAUUGUAAUCUAUCCACAGGGAAUUGAUGUAAGAAGAGUCAUUUCAUCCUGCUGCUCAAUUCGCUACGAGGGAAAUGCUGACAAGCACAAGGAAACAUGGCAAGGUGUUCCUGGCGCGACGACUGACGAUAUCCGGUUCACAUCCGAUAUACUUGACCAUGUUCAGGAUCAGUAUUGCAUUGACCCUGCGCGCAUAUCGGCGACAGGUAAAUCGGACGGUGGGGGGUUCUGCAAUCUAUUAGCCUGUGAUCCGGGGCUAUCUAGCCGCAUCGCAGCAUUCGCACCUGUUUCCGGCGCCUUUUACAUCGACUCGCGACCUUGUAGACCCAAAACCGUGAAAUUUCCAUGCCAUCCCAGCAGGGCGGACGUGCCUUUCCUUGAGUUUCACGGUGGCAAGGACACAGUCGUUUCUUACCAAGGCGGUAGCCGCAAGAAGGAAUGCCUUCCUGCCAUCCCACACUUUAUCCGACAAUGGGCCUCCCUCGAUGGGCUGGAAACCGACAACACCACUACUCACGUUUCUCAAAAUACUGUUCUCUACACCUUUGGGCAGGGGAGCAAGGCUGGACUGGUCGAGCAUGUCUACGACUCUGCCAUCGGCCAUGAUUGGCCAAGUACGGUGCCUAAUAUCGAUAAUAAAAAACAUGGCCACCAUGUCGCGAGUUUUAAUGCAACCCCGAUGAUCCUCGACUUUUUUGCAAAGCAUCCUUUGAGCCUUGGCGAAUCGCGAGAAAGACGUGUUGAAGCAAGCAAGACUCUGGUGUCUAGUGGCGCUGAGGAGGAAAAAUUAUAUCGUCAGAGAGUACUUAAAAGAGUAAUGUCUUAUAUAUAA